CUAUAUCGAUGUCGGCUGUUGGUAUCGACACCAGUCUGCACUGCACUAGUCUGACCAAACCAAAGGGAUAAAAUCAGAUUGUAUGAUGGUAAAUUUUGGACGAUAGGAUUAGCGGAAAAAUGAUUGUUGGACUUAGACGACUUCGUGCGCGUAUCAAGACAUUUCGGACUGAACCUGAAAGGAAAGAAAGCAAAAUGAGUCUUCGAGAGAUAAUGGACUCUUCUUCUUCUUCUGGGUCAGAAGCUAACAACAGGCAGAGCAAUUUGUGUCUGCUCGAGCUGCCUGACAUUGUGCAGAGGCGAAUAUUCUCUUUCCUAUCUUACGAUGAAAUUGCUCGUCUCAGAAUUGUUUGCAAAGACUUUGAUAUUAUGGGUAAAACUGUCUUGAACAAAGGACUGGUAGCUGUAGAGAAGUUUCGAAAUAUGUGUCUGAAAGAGGUGAAAAUCCAACUGCCGCGGAGGGAGUCUGAGAGGCGGGUGCACCCUCUGGCCAGACAUGUUGAUGUCCUCAUGGCCAUAGAAACAAGAAUAUCUAUGCUCUCUAUGACCUAUGGCAAAUACAUUGAUUCAGGACUUUGUUGCUUUAUUCCUGGAAAGGUUCUGGAUGAAAUGUUCCGUGUGCUGAGGAUCGUGCGUGAAUCAAAGACUCCUCCUCGACCCCAUGAAAUUUUGCAAGAGCUCCGUGACAUCAGCUCAAUGGCUAUGGAGCAUUUUGAUGAGAAAGUUUGCUCGUCAUUGAAACCAAAGUUCACAAUUAUUUUGUUUCCAGGCACUCCUAAGGCUAAGAGCCUAUUAACUUUGAAAAUGUCUAAUGAUGAGGUUGAUGCAGUCCAAGCUGUCCAAACUAAUUUGCAGAAAGUGAAGGGCAACUGCACAGAGCUACGUAAGCAAGUCAAGAGUUUGCGUUCAAAGGUACUGAAGCUAGGAGGUAAAAUUGAUGACAACAAAAGCAAACUCCAAGACCAAUCCGCCAAGAUCUCGGAACAAGGUGCUCAGAUCCAAGACUUGCGUCGUGUCGUCGAUGAGCUGAGUCAAAAGGUGCUUGAUAUCAGUCGCUCCCAUGACACAAGCAUGAACAAAUCAUCAAGCAAAGGUGGCAGCAGCAACAAAAUUUCUUCAGUUAAGGCCUUCUUUUCGGGUUCGCACACCAGUCAAUCAGGAGUAGUCACAAGGUCCAAGAGGGCCCGAGCACAAGAUACUGAAUCAGAUCCAGUCCCACCGAAGAAGAUGUGUUGAAAUAUGAUUUUGGUGAUAUUGUAGUGAGCAUUUUAGUGAACAGUCAACAAAAUAUACUGACUUAAGAAAAAUGAGGAGGAAAGUCACCCUCGUUGCUGGUAAUACUACAGGAAAGAUAUUAUUACAUUGUCAAAGGCAUAGUGUUUUUCAAUGAAAAUUCUGAUUGAUAUUAUUGCUCCUUAAAAUAUAGUUGUUUCUAUCUGUGAAUGCCAUAUUCAGCAAUAAUGAAAGGCUUGAAUGGGUUUGUUUCUAGAGUGUCUCCUCAGGAUAAAUUUUGAAAAAAAACAGACUUUGCAAUUUAACUAUGUGUGUUAAGUAAUGUUAUAAGUACUGACAGGACUGAUUAAAAUGAAGGUAUGAUCUUUGCUUACUUAAUUAUACAGAGUGGAUUCGUAAAUGAAGAUUAUUUUCCCAAGUGAAAUAAAGAGGAUUGCUUUAAAAAAUUAAAAA